CAGAGACAGUUGUUCCGAGGCGCGCACACCUUCGUGUAAUUGUCAAAGUAACGUAGGAUGCCUGGAUCGCAGUGAUUGCGGUGGUUUGCGACCUGUCGGGACAGCUGCGAUGGGCGCGUGUCCUGGACCCUGUCAAUGCGUUGAAGAGGAAAUCUGGAACAGUAACGCGCCGCCUAAACCGAAUUGCCGAUGGUUGAGUAACUUCUCCGAGCUGCGUCGUCAAUGGAGCGAUUACGGUCGCCAACAGGCGUGCAAAUGCUGCAACUGCAGUCGCUCGUGCAGAACUGUCGCUCCGGACCGACUGUGUCUUUCACCAGCACCGCCGUGUUCCGGUACCAUUUUAACUGCGUCAGUCUGUCAGGUACACUGAAGCAGAUUCCUUGCCAAGAAUAGAAAGCGCUUGAGAUUCCUCUGAGAAAUGCUACGGGAAUCGUCGUUUAGCGGGUGGAGCAAGCAAAUCGGAAAUGGCAUCGAUAAAUAAAUCGUCGUCGCCUGAACGACCCUUAACACGGGAAGCGGGCGGUGGUUGCCCGAGCUGUACUUAUCCAUCGACCUGCUGCUCUUCUAACGCAGAUUGCUCGUCGACCGCUUCGUCUUGCUGCCCUUUGCAAUGCAGAUAUUCUCAAGUUUCGUCACGACAGGCACCCGACUGUCAUUCCUGCAGCUCGCCUAUCGCUCUGAAAUCUACUUGGAAAAAGCGCAACUGUUGCCAGUGUAACACCAGUUAUUGCUUGUGUCAACCGAUGUCACGCGACUGCAAUUGCCCGCUGCCAGUCCAGGUGGACGCGCGCGCUAAUCGCGAGUGUUCUUGUGAAUGCCCUUCCAGCCCGGAAUGUGCGUGCCCACCCAGCGAGCGAAGGUUCCCAAAAACGACGGUCAAGUGUCCCAACGCACGUCUCUGCUGUCCCUUCCCUCGAUUACCACCAGUUCCCAAAUGUCAUUGCGCGCGAUGUCAAUUGUGUCUACCACCAGUCUGCCAUCCAUGCUCUUCUACCAAGUGUCGGGGACCAAUUCCACCGAAGAAUUCUUGUUGCCCUCGCUUACCUACGUCAUACCCACCUUGUCGACCGGCUUCAACCGCUUCAUCUUCUCAUCCUCCGCCGCCUCGUAAAAAAUUAACCUUCUGCACCGAGCGGAGUAGUCGACCAUUUUCGCCCUGUACAGGAACAGGUCAGUUUUUGCAUUGUUGCAUAGCUGGUGAUAGAAACUCGGAAAAUAGCAUUUAUAACGAGGGAAAUGACGAGGAACGGGAAAAAUAUGAUAUAAAAGACUGCGACGAUUCGUGCGAUUGUUGCUGCGCGGCAGAAUCCGAAAAUGGAUUUGAGCUUAUCGAGGAAAGUUGCGAUCUAAUACUGGACGAAAGAUCUGAAUUAAAGAAUUUAACUUCAAAAGUGCUUAUUAAUUCGUCGGAAAUCACAAAGCCUUCGAAGUCUGUCGAUCCGGAUUUGCUCGAAAUGCCGGAAGAAAAAGUAAGCGAAAUGACGCGCCGGAGAGCGUUUCCGUUCGCGUUUUUGUCAGCGUUGGUGUUCUGCGUGACACUUCAACAAGUCACUUCCACUGAAACUAUUGAAAAUAAGAGCGCCACUGAGAAAGAGCAACCACUGGGUUGCAUCGAGUGCGGAUAUUACAGGUGUCCAGAAAAUUCUGGAAAAUGCUUGUUGGGAUCGGUACCUGACCCUUGCGGAUGCUGUCCGGAUGGUUUGUGCGCCCGUUUCCUUGGCGAACCAUGCUGGAAUUCGAGCAUCCCUCUUCUGUCUCCAAAGAACCGUAACGAUGGAUACUGCGCAAGAAAUUAUCUGUGCGAGUUGCGAUCUGACUUACAAGAAGAGGAUGCUCCAGAGGCAAUCUGCGUCUGUAUGGAACAAAGCCCGGCGUGUGGUAGCAAUAACGAAACUUACGCGACACCAUGCGCGCUGCACGAGGAGGCGAUGAAACUCAGAAACUCAUCUUCCUUGAGGUUGCAACAUCUCGGUCCUUGUGAGAGUAGACCUUGGAUUCUGUCAACUCUGGAGGACGUUGCCUCUCCCUUCGGUCAACGUGUCGCAUUAAAUUGCGAGGCAAAGGGAUUUCCAGUGCCGGAUAUCUUUUGGGAAUUUCACUCAGCUGACGGGAGAAGAAUACUGAAACUGCCGGGAAAGGAACAUGAGGCAACGGUACAUACGACCGAUGGUCCAGAGCCGCUUAUGCGAACAUCUUGGAUGCAAUUAAGUCGGCUAAACAAAGAACAUAUUGGAAUAUAUCAUUGCAUUGCUAAUAAUUCCAUAGGCGAAGCAAGCGCGACUUCAUUUGUAUCCAUAUCAUGAGAUAUUUAUACGCUUGUAUUUCGUGAGAUAAUUUUUUAUGUAAUUACAUAUACAUAUACAUAUAUAUUGGGCAGGAAUAUAAUAUGGUAAGAAAAACAUAUUCUGAAUACUCAGAAAAUAUAUUUUUUUUAACAAACAGACAUAUGAAUAAUGUUUCACACAGAUGACACACAAUUCUAAGAUUGAAUAUAUUUCAUCAAAAUAAACGGCAGUCGAUUCUUUUAAUGUAAAGAAAUCUGCUUACGAUAAAUCAAACACAAACAAGAUUUACUUGUACGAUCUAUACUUUAAGCUUCUUCAAUUUUCUUGCCAUACUCUUUGUUAUAUUCUUGCCAACUCUGAUGCCAUAUUAAUAUUUUUCUGAAUCUGCUUGCAACAAGAAGUCUCGUUUUCCAUCAUUGUUACCAAUCGCUUUGCGGCAGCGGCGGUGGACUGUAAAAUAUAAUUUCAGUUAUAAAUAGGAUUCAAUAUCAAUAAUUUAUACACGCUUUAUACACGCUUUUGAUAUUAUAUAUUACAAUACGUGAUUUAAAUAUAAAAUAUUAAAAUAUA